UAUAGAUUAGUAGAUAAUGCAAUGGAAUUCGUCGACUAAAGCGCUUUUUCCACACGGGAUGAUGUUUCAAUCUAUUUUUAAAACCCUUUACACUUAACGUGAAAGGUAGUUCACUAACUUACGAUGCAAGCUAAUGCACUUUCAUCAUAAUACAGUACAACGUUUUGACAGUAAAGAUAGUUGACCAUAGUUGCCRAUUCAGCACAAAGUUCUGCGAUAGAUUUCUGCUUACUGGCACUUUUGGGUCAAAACGGCCGAGAUCAGCUGCUAGAAGUAGCUCGUAUAAAAUACGAUGAUUAGAAAACUGACAACUACGCUGUGUCAAGGAAGGCACAGUGUCAUUACGAUGUUGGGGCGCUUUUAUGUGAAACCGACAUCACCAAAACCAGUUCAGCCCAAACCCCGACCAUCACCAAACAUUGUUGCUGAAGAUGAAAAGAAAGAGUUUUCUGAGAGCGAGUCAGAGCUUUCUGUCAAAGUUGACACUCUUGCCGAGUGGAUYAAAGAAAGCAAGCAUUGUAUUGUGUUCACUGGUGCUGGUAUCAGUACUAGCACAGGAAUCCCAGACUUUAGAAGUGGUCAUUACAUUCAAUAUCCUUUCAUGCAGAUAAAACGAUUAGACCAGCUACUUACACCUAUAUUGCCAAAUUUAAGAUUAGCAUUGGCUGAAAAGACCAGCGACUUUGCGUCUUUGAAGUUCAACGAGACCAUUCAUGUUUUGGUCAACGUGACAGUUGAUCCAAAUAGAACGCUGUCCAACGAUGGGUUCCAUUACGCUAAUAUUGGUUCUGUGGUCAAGUAUCAUUGGCUUGGCUCUUGCACGCAGCCUGAAACCACUCAUGUCGGCAAUCUAAAYCUUCCUUUCUUUUCCCCAGCCUGCAGUGGUUUUGGAUCGUUUACUAUCAAAGACAGUGAAAUCAAGGUGUCGACAGUCAAUUCGUAUCAUUCGACCAACAGGACCUGGGUACCAAUGACGUCAUUCAAACUACUUGAUAUUUCAAGAAAAAUAAAAGUCAACUUCAUUCAAAUGGAGCUGAAAUCUUACCAGGAAAUCAGCAUGGCUGUUGUCCGAGGAGUUCCUAAAUACGAUUCAAUACCAAAAGAUAUCGUCAAAGUGUCAUUCGGUGACGAUCACUGGAAGUGGAAGAUGAGACCUGGUCUGCAGAAUCUCAAGACCCUUGAAGAUGAUGACUCCAAUGACAUCACUAUCGUUAUGACGCUAGUCAAGCCAAUCAAAACACGCUUCAUGAGAAUUAAUCUCCCUCCUUAUGGAAACACAGCUAAAACUCCGGCAGCGUUUGAAGUGGACGUUUUUUCUUGUGGCUCAGAAAGUGCACCUAACAACCAAGAAUCAAUAAAACCACUAGGCAUAGAAUCUUCAAGUUUAGUCCCAGACUCCCAGCUAACAGCUGCAUCUAGUGCAAGUCCUCAGAACUCGGCCGCUAUGGCUCGACUCAACCUACAAAGUGAUGGUGGAGGGUGGUGUGCGUCAGUUUGUAAUCCUUCACAAUAUCUACAGGUUGCCUUCGGUGAUGAAUGGAAGAUUGUUGAGGUUGAAACACAAAGUAAGCACUGGAUAAGUGGAAGUAUCAAUGCUGUCAAAAGAUACUCUAUGUCUUACAGUCAAGAUGGCCUUGUUUGGGUACCUUAUAAGGUCAAUGGCGGAACAAAGCUGUUCUGGGGUAAUGACGUUGCAAAUAUCGCUACCAAUCAUAUCUUACAAAUACCUAUCACGGCCAAAUUUCUCCGAUUUGAGCCCAAGACUUGUAUAAACAAUCCAUGUAUGAGAGUAGAGUUGCAUGGAACGAAAGUCAAAGAUCUUGGGAAAAAAGAAGUGCCUCUACCAAUGCAGCGGUCAAUACUGCUGGUUAAAUCAACGAAUAAAGUUCAUGUGUGUGCAACAGAAGUAAUCAAGGGAAAACCAACUUGUUACAUCUCAGAAAACAAAGGUUUAUCAUGGAAAGGAAUUCCAACAAACGUGCUUAAUGUGAUCGCCUUCGACCCACGUACCGGUUUGCUAUAUGGCUUGUCUCGAGACGGUAAGAAAUACAUGAGAAGUCAAGACUCYAGCGGUGAGAAAUGGCGGGGAAUAGCCCAGAAGGACUGGGCAGCUGUUCAAGAUGAUAUUCUGAUCAGAGCUGAACAUAUCCCUUUUGUACCCAUAAGCCAAAGCGAGAUGUCUGAGGUUGAUCCGACUGUACAGAUGACUAGUUUCAACGGCGAUAAGUGGCUGGUCGACCAGACAGGAGUGUAUCACAAACCAAAUGGCGGAUCAACCAAAAUGGUGUUAUCCUUCCUACCAUAUAAUAUAGAUCUCUCAUCCAACAUCUGUCAUACUGGUGUUUGUGUUCAUGGUAAAUGCACAUCUAUCGGUGAUAUAGACUUUCGAUGUGACUGUAAUCACGGAUACAUUGGAACACACUGUGACACAGAAACUAAGGAAUGUGCCAGUUCACCCUGUAAAAACGGUGGAAGCUGUAUUGAUGAACAUUUGAAGUACAAAUGCUUGUGUGGACAUGGAUUUUAUGGUGACCAAUGUCAAAGAAUUGACGGAUGUGCAAGUUCACCGUGCAAAAAUGGAGGAACGUGUAAAAGAAAUGGCGAUGCUUACACAUGCACAUGUCCACCAAAAUAUCUUGGCGCAAAUUGUCAAGUGUAUGACUACUGCUCCAGCUCUCCAUGUUUUGACAAUGGCACAUGCACUAACCAAGCUUCAUCAUUUCAAUGUACCUGUCUGACUGGGUAUUCAGGAUUACAGUGCGAAGUUGGGCCUUGUACUAAUAACCCUUGUCAGAAUGGCGGAACRUGCAGCUUGUCGCAAGAAACAAACUCAGGAUACAAAUGCUCAUGUGCAGGAAAAUAUUCAGGAACAACUUGCACAGGUUUGCACUUUACCAUUACAAUGA